UGCUGCUAAUUGUCUCGUGGUGGAUCCUCUCCCUUCAGAGAGGUGGGUUUCUGCUGUCUGCUGCAAGAAUCCUGGUUUUACUGGGACCAGAGAGGCUGAGAGCACUGGUUUUACUGGGACCAGAGAGGCUGAGCGGACUGGUUAUACUGGGACCAGAGAGGCUGAGAGGACUGGUUAUACUGGGACCAGAGAGGCUGAGAGGACUGGUUAUACUGGGACCAGAGAGGCUGAGAGGACUGGUUAUACUGGGACCAGAGAGGCUGAGAGCACUGGUUUAUACUGGGACCAGAGAGGCUGAGAGGACUGGUUAUACUGGGACCAGAGAGGCUGAGAGGACUGGUUAUACUGGGACCACAGAGGCUGAGAGCACUGGUUUAUACUGGGACCAGAGAGGCUGAGAGGACUGGUUAUACUGGGACCAGAGAGGCUGAGAGGACUGGUUAUACUGGGACCAGAGAGGCUGAGAGGACUGGUUAUACUGGGACCAGAGAGGCUGAGAGGACUGUUUAUAUUUUGUGUGGAGAAUGAGCAGAGAAGUUGAACUUGGAGCAGAUUGUGGAGAACUUUGUGGUGCACGAGACUCACAGGAUGUUCAGACAGGGCCUCGACAGGCUUGGGAUUCGAACCAGCGGCGAUAGCGAGCGGGGCUAUAAUGUUUGCCACAGCGAGGGCAGUGGUCUGCCUGUCUCUCUGGUUGUCGGUGUGUCAGGUCCGGGGCGCCUACAUCCCUGCAGAGAUGAACGAAACCAUCCAGGGCCUCUUGCAGCACUAUACUAUCCCAAUUAAAGAGAGAUUUAACCAGAAGCCGGUCUUCUCUCACGAGGCGCUGAAUGGACAAAUGGAGGGAAAGCGGGUGUUCAUUGGAGGCGUUCUGGAGACGUACGAGAAGCUGAUCGGCCAGAUGUUGAAGCAGCAGCCCACCCCGACUCCCCAGACAGCCGGGAGCACCGAGCGUCCCGCCUCUGCCGGCGAUGCAAAUGUCAGAAAGGGGCUGAACUACAUCUUGAAGAAGGUCAAGGAGCUGAAGAAACACCAUUACAAGGAGCAAGAGAAGCUUCUGCAGGAGCUGAAGGCUCUCGAACACAUCAAGCUGGAUAACCGUGUGGUCCAGAGCAAAGCUUUGAGGGAGCUGCUGUGGCUGUACGAGGAGGCGAGCUCAUUGAAUGACGAAAUCGAGCUGAGGAGGAGGAGGAGGAGGCGCCGCCGCCAAGCUCGGAGGGUCAAGACUCAUCCGAGAGCCUGAAACACCAACAAUAUGUCAACAAUGACAGCAACAGGGAUGAUUAAUGACAACAAAUUUUAAUUUAUUAAAAGAAAUUUUAAUUUUAUAAUACCAAAGAAUAUCCAAAUUUAAACCAGCGUGCCAAGUUUUUAUUUUAUUUUCUAAGAGGUUAUUAAAGAGGUUAUUUAUAAAUAAAUGUAUAUUUAUUACACCAGCAGCCUAAGCCUAGAAGAUAUUGUAAAUUUUUUUAAUUCCUGUAUCUUUUAAAGGAUGUUUGGAGCUCAAUACUUGAAAGAAGCGUGACGGUUUGAUCCUGUGAAAUGUUUAACUAAAAGUCAGUCAACUCACUUUAUCAAUCACAAUAUUGAUCAAUUGCCACCUGGAAAUACUUGAUUUCUACUUAUUUAAAAAUGCUUAUUUAAUGCUCAGAAAAUCAGCCAGAUAGAAUUAUAAUAUAUUUAACUGUCAGCAGCUCAGGUUUUAAACAUUACUCAUAUAGUACAAAGUACACAAGAGUUGAAUACUGACAUAAACUUAAAUGCACUCUGAACAUUUGGGUCCAGCACUGAAGUAGAAGUACUAUACUCUUUAGGAAUUUUUGUAUUUUACUGACAUGUAAUAUUCUAUUUAUGUUUGUAUUUAAAGUGUAUUUAAUAAUCGUAAUUCUGUGACUGAUGCUAAUUUAUUGUAUUUAUUGAUUGGUACAUGCAGAGCAAUGCAACUGAA